CCCGCGGGCGCGCCGCCCUCCCUGCAGCCCGCGUUUAAAGGCGGCGGCAGCGGCACCCGGCCCCUCCUGUGACAGCGGCAGCGCCGCUCCGAUCCUCGCUCCUGGCGGCCGCCGCCAUGUACCGCUACCUGGGGGAGCUGCUCGCGUCCCGCCUGGCCGGCGGCUCGGUGCUGGCGGGCGCGGAGCCGGGCGGGCCGGCGGCGGCCGGCGGGGCGGUGGCGGCGGCGGCGGCGGCAUGGGGCGGGGGCCGGUGUCCGCGGCGGCACUACUGCGAGGCGGCCAAGAAGGAGGACGACCCCAACUUCUUCAAGAUGGUGGAGGGGUUCUUCGAUCGCGGCGCCAGCAUCGUGGAGGACAAGCUGGUGGAGGGGCUGCGCACCCGCGAGAGCAUGGAGGACCGGCGCCACCGCGUCCGCGGCAUCCUCCGCAUCAUCAAGCCCUGCAACCAUGUGCUCAGCGUCACCUUCCCCAUCAAGCGCGACAACGGCGAGUGGGAGGUGAUCGAGGGCUACCGGGCGCAGCACAGCCAGCACCGCACGCCCUGCAAGGGAGGUAUUCGUUACAGUAUGGAUGUUAGUGUGGAUGAAGUGAAAGCCUUGGCAUCUCUCAUGACAUACAAAUGUGCUGUGGUUGAUGUGCCAUUUGGUGGGGCAAAGGCUGGUGUCAAGAUCAAUCCCAAGAACUACACAGACAAUGAAUUGGAAAAGAUCACAAGAAGGUUUACCAUGGAGCUGGCAAAAAAGGGCUUUAUUGGACCUGGUGUGGAUGUGCCUGCUCCUGAUAUGAGCACGGGGGAGAGGGAGAUGUCCUGGAUUGCUGACACCUAUGCCAGUACCAUAGGACACUAUGAUAUUAAUGCACAUGCAUGUGUAACUGGUAAACCCAUCAGCCAGGGUGGGAUCCAUGGACGUAUAUCUGCAACUGGUCGUGGUGUCUUCCAUGGAAUUGAAAAUUUCAUCAAUGAAGCCUCAUACAUGAGCUUAUUAGGAAUGACUCCAGGAUUUGGAGAUAAAACAUUUGCUGUUCAGGGAUUUGGUAAUGUGGGCUUGCAUUCUAUGAGAUACUUGCAUCGUUAUGGUGCAAAAUGUGUCGCUGUCGGAGAGUUUAACGGUUCCAUCUGGAAUCCUGAUGGGAUUGACCCGAAGGAACUAGAAGAUUUCAAAUUGCAACAUGGGACAAUCAUGGGCUUCCCUAAAGCAAAGCCACUUGAGGGCAGCAUUCUGGAAACAGACUGUGACAUUCUAAUCCCUGCUGCCAGCGAGAAGCAGUUGACCAAGGCCAACGCACACAGAGUUAAAGCAAAAAUUAUUGCUGAAGGUGCCAAUGGGCCUACAACUCCUGAAGCUGACAAAAUCUUCUUGGAGCGGAAUAUCAUGGUUAUCCCUGAUCUUUACCUGAAUGCUGGUGGUGUGACAGUAUCCUACUUUGAAUGGCUGAAAAACUUGAACCAUGUCAGUUAUGGCCGUUUGACUUUCAAAUAUGAAAGAGAUUCAAACUACCACUUGCUCAGUAAGUGCUCGCUUCUGCUUCCAUGCACUUUCUAAUUAAUAGACUGGACU